GUUGUGAAAUGUGGGCGCCGCGCUGAGUCAGUGAGGCAGCGGGCGGCGAGCGGACGACAUGAGUGCGGUGGACGGCGGCGCGGGCGACGAGGGCCCGGUGACGGUGCGCGAGGCGACGCGCCACGACAUGCAGCACGUGUUCGACAUGAUACAGGAGCUGGCGGAGUACGAGGGCAUGCCGCGUGGGCCGCAGCUCAGCGUGCGCGACCUGAUCGAGGACGGGUUCGAGUCGCAGCCGGCGUGGUUCUUCGUGCUGGUGGCGGAGUGCGGCGGCCAGGUGGUGGGGCACGCGCUGUGCAACCGCGCGUACUCGUCGUGGACGCGGCGCGCCUUCUACGUGGAGGACCUGUUCGUGCGCGAGAGCGCGCGGCGCCGCGGCGUGGGGCGAUGCCUGCUGCGCGAGCUGUGCCGCCGCGCGCUGCGCGAGGGCGUGCACCGCGUGGACUGGCACGUGCUGCAGGACAACGCGGCCGCGCUCGCCUUCUACGCGGGGCUGGGCGCGCGCGACCUGCGCGUCACCGAGGGCCGCGCCGCGCUGCGCCUCGACCGCCCGCACAUCGAGCGCCUGGCCACCUCCGACGACGCUCCGCACUGACGCCUCAAUAUCGUAUUGGGAGAUCAAUUAAUUGACUUCUUUUCGUGAGUUAGAUGAUGCAAUGCGCUCUGUUAACCUCUAAUUUAAGCGUACGUUAUUAAAAUCGCAUACAAAUAUGUUACAUUUUUAUCUAAAGGGAAUGGGCAGGAGAGGGCAAAUAACUAAAUCUAGUUCAUCCGCUUGAUCAAUAUAUUGUAAAUAAGUAAGAUAGUUACUAGAAGAUUUAAGCUAGUACUGUACUGUACCUACAGUAAGAAUGAGUUCUUAGUAAGUAUAGAGAUUGUAAAAUUUUGUAAAUGGAGAACGGAAUCAAAAGUAAGGGUGCUUACAUAAAGAAACAGGUUGCCGGUACAGACAGACCUGUGCGGGUAGGUACCGAUCAGUGCAGGUAUAAUAUUUCAAUACAAUCCUAUUGACUCACUUAUAAAGAAACAGGUUACCUGUUUACCUGUUUCUUUAGAAUAUUAUACCUGCACUGAUCGGUACCUACCCGUACAGGUUUGUCUGUACCGGUAACCUGUUUCUUUAUGUAAUCACCCUAAGAAGGUACAUUACAGUGGCGAUAGAUUGCUGGUGCUGCAUUUUGUUUUAGUAUUUCUUAAACAAUUUGUAUUAAUGUAUAAUACCAUACUACCUAUUAUGAAUUAUCAUUGUAACAUAUUGUAUAAAAAAUAUAUAUUUUAUUACACGUUGUAUUUUGAAA